UUUGCUGCUUUUGCUGUAAUCCGACCGGGCAUGUAAUGCUAACAAGUAGCCUAAUCUCCUUAUGGUUCACUUAUUUGCUAACAGCCGCUCACUUCGCAUGCUAACCUAGCAUCGUCUUUCUUUAUAUUACUCUUAUAUUGUUGCUGCUUUUUGUGUCCGUAAUAAUUCAGAGGUAGAGGUACUCCUAAAUGUUAAGACUUCAUUAACAGAAAUGUUUUGCGUGAACGUAUUCAUCAUUCACCUGGAUUCACUUUGCUCUCUAGCUGCGCGGGGUUUUGAGCCAAAUUGAACAAUUGAACACGUUAAUAAUUAUUCUACUGUUAAAUUGCUACGUGCCAGACAUUGUCACUGACGGCAAAUUAUUGUCAUUACUAGGUGGCAAUUAAAUGAUGUUCUAUUAGAUCUUUGGAUUGAUUGGAUUGUACAAGUGUACCUAAUGACGUAUCCGGUGAGUUUAUAAUUUGUAGUCAAAUUAGUGCAAAUCAAUCUCAGGCAGUUCUCAAAUUCGGGGUCCAUAAAAUAAUUGGCAAUAGAUUAUUGUUGCACUUUUAGACAUUUAUUGAAUGUGUCAAACACACAAAUACAAAAUGAGAACACUUGCAAGCACCUUCUGUAAGCCAAAGCUCACAACCAGAUGCUCACACGCAAACUAACAGUACCCAGCUCCUGAUGUCACUCACGGCACACUUUAAAGACUCACAUUCAGCACACGAAGAAUACUUGAUCUUGCAACUGAGCAACUGGUGCUGCCCUUCGCCACCAUGACAGAGGAGGAAACCAUAAACGUGAAGGAGGUGGAGAUCAUCAAGGUGAUCUUGGACUUCCUUCACUCCCGGAAGUUGCACAUCAGCAUGCUAGCUCUGGAAAAGGAGAGCGGCGUGAUCAAUGGCCUCUACUCGGACGACAUGCUCUUCCUCAGGCAACUGGUGCUGGAUGGCCAAUGGGAUGAGGUCUUGCAGUUCAUUCAGCCUUUGGAGUGUAUGGAGAAGUUUGACAAAAAGAGGUUCCGUUACAUUGUCUUAAAGCAGAAGUUUCUGGAAGCUCUGUGUGUGAAUAACGCCAUGUCUGCGGAGGAUGAGCCACAACAUUUGGAGUUCACGAUGCAGGAGGCGGUCAAGUGCCUGCACACACUGGAGGAGUUCUGCCCCUCAAAAGACGACUACAGCAAACUGUGUCUGCUGCUCACCUUGCCUCGCCUCACAAACCAUGCCGAAUUUAAGGACUGGAACCCGAGCACGGCCAGAGUGCAGUGUUUCGAGGAGGCCUGCACCAUGGUGGCCGAGUUCAUCCCGGCAGACAGGAAGCUGAGCGAGGCUGGAUUCAAAGCCAGCGGGGAUCGCCUCUUUCAGCUGCUCCUCAAAGGAGUCCUCUAUGAGUGUUGUGUGGAGUUCUGCCAGAGCAAGGCGACGGGUGAGGAGAUCACCGAGAGCGAGGUCCUGCUGGGGGUUGACAUGCUGUGCGGUAACGGCUGCGAUGACGUGGACUUGUCCCUCCUGUCUUGGAUGCAGAACCUGGCCCAUAGUGUCUUCUCCUGCGCCUUUGAACAGAAGCAGCUCAACAUUCACGUGGACCGCCUGGUCAAACCGGCCAAGACCGGGUACGCCGACCUGCUCACACCGCUCAUCAGCAAACUGUCUCCGUAUCCGUCCUCGCCGCUGCGCCGGCCCCAGUCCGCCGACACCUACAUGUCGCGCUCUUUGAAUCCGGCUUUGGACGGGUUGUCCUACGGGCUGUCCAGCCAGGAUAAGCGAGGGGGUGGCGGCGAGGUUGCCCCAAGUAAAGGUGUCUCACCCAUGUCUCACUCCUUUGCCAACUUCCACUACCCUGGAGCGGGUGGACAGAACCUCAGCAGGAGCCUCAUGAUGGAGAGCUCCGACUGCCACAGUAUCUUUGAGGAAUCACCUGAAACUUCGAGGACCGACACGCCUGUGGACAAAAUGAUGGGUUCGAGUGUCACUCAGAACUCGCGUCCCGCCUCAGCUCCAGGAGAAGAUGCACCUCCAGCGGGCUCUGCUGAAAAGAAUGAGCUCUGGGACUCCACAGAAAAGUAUGAGGAGUAUUACCGUCAGCGCCUGCGUGUGCAACAGCACCUGGAGCAGAAGCAGCAGCAGAGGCAGAUGUACAAGCAGAUGUUGUUGGAGGGCGGCGUGCAGCAGGAGCCACCGCCCAGUGACAUGCAGCACAGCCUCACAGAGAAGUUCCUCAACAGGUCCAUCCAGAAGCUGGAAGAGCUCAACGUGGGGAUGGAGAGUUUAGGAGAGGAGGUGAAGUCUUUGGCCCAGCAGUGUAACGGAAACGGGAAUGCGCCCGCCUCGGAGUGCAACAACAACCCCCCGUCUGCCAGCCCAGAGCACAACGGCCGUGGGGGUGGGGUGCUCAGCAGCACCCCGCAGCAUGUAGCGGGAGGCCGUCCGGUCUCGCCCCUAAUUGAAUCCCCCGUUUUCUCACAGAGCGGGCAGAAUCACAAAGCAGGUCCACACGGUGACUCACCGGGCUCGUUAUCCUGCAUUAAAGAGGGUGGCGAUAAAGAAAAAGGUCUGUUUGUGCCAGUGCACACGCUUGAGGACACGCAAGCUAUUCGCGCUGUAUCCUUCCACCCAUCUGGGGCCCUCUACGCCGUUGGCUCCAACUCCAAAACACUCCGGGUCUGCGCUUAUCCAGAAACACUGGACAUAAGUGUAUCGAGUCCAGCGAAGCAGCCCGUGGUCCGCUUCAAGAGGAACAAACACCACAAAGGUUCCAUCUACUGCGUGGCCUGGAGCCAUUGCGGGCAGCUGCUGGCAACCGGCUCCAACGACAAAUAUGUCAAAGUUCUACCGUUCAGUGCCGAGACCUGCAACGCCACAGGGCCAGACUUGGAGUUCAGCAUGCACGACGGCACUAUCAGGGACUUAGCCUUCAUGGAGGGUCCAGAAAGCGGCGGGGCCAUCUUGAUCAGUGCCGGAGCAGGAGACUGUAACAUCUACACCACUGACUGUCAGCGAGGCCAGGGCCUGCACGCCCUCAGCGGACAUACGGGUCACAUCCUGUCUCUUUACACGUGGGGGGGCUGGAUGAUCGCAUCCGGCUCCCAAGACAAGACUGUACGCUUCUGGGACCUCAGGGUGCCCAGCUGUGUGCGAGUGGUGGGCACGGCCUUCCACGGCUCAGGCAGCCCCGUGGCCUCGGUAGCAGUGGACCCGAGCGGCCGUCUCCUGGCGACGGGACAGGAGGACAGCGCUUGCAUGCUGUACGACAUCCGAGGCGGCCGCAUCGUGCAGGUGUACCGUCCGCACGGCAGCGACGUGCGCUCGGUCCGCUUCUCCCCCGGCGCUCACUACCUGCUCACCGGCUCCUACGACACCAAAGUCAUGGUCACCAACCUUCAAGGCGACCUGACCAAGCAGCUGCCUGUGAACGUGGUGGGCGAGCACGGCGACAAGGUGAUCCAGUGUCGAUGGCACACCGAGGACCUCUCCUUCUUGUCAUCGUCCGCCGACCGCACCGUCACGCUCUGGACGCACAACCCGUGACGUGCUCGCAUCGCACACGUAACAUUGAAUCUAAACGACACACACAGCCGGCAACGUAGAGAAUCACACUGAUCAUAAACUAGCGACACAGGAAAAGCACAUGCUGCACGUCCUCGUUCUAAGUUGUUUGAACAUUUAUGUGAUAUCCUUGACAUACGUAGUUUAAGGUCCAUGUACUAGUAUGCGCUUUGUUCUCACUAGUAAGACGAUUCAGCACACUAGUAAUAGAACAACUAUGUCUUACUAGUAGUGUCUUUGCUGCUAGUUGUCACUUUUGGCCCACUAGUACACAAUUGAAGCUUACUAGUAAACUACUGUGCUGCACUUGUAACACUACUAGGGCCAACUAGUAGGCAUGUGUUACGCAUUAGUAACCUCCUGGACCGUACCAGCAGCACCAAAAUGCACACAAGUAAUUUUGCCUUACUAGCAACAUAUAGUUAUGCCAUUAGUAUGCCAAAGUUGUCCUGUUGUUGAGGACAAAGUGUAUACUAGUACAUGUCGCUUAAGCUGGAUAGGAAGUAAAAUAUGUAAUAUUUCAAAUAUAUUGGUAAUGUUUUUUUCUACUACUGCCUUCUAUUUUGACAUUUUUGCACACUAGUAGGACAACCUUGGCAUACUAGUACUACAAUGUGCUUUUUCCUCAUCAGUAAGACAGUUCAGCAUACUAGUAGAGCAACUGUGUCUUACUAGUAAUAUUUUUUUUCCCUCCCCCACUACUGACUUCCCCAGCUGUAUGACAUUUCUGCACACUAGUAGGACAACUGUGCCAUACGAUUAGGACAACUAUAUGUUACUACUGAAGCAAAUCUGUACAGUACUUGACAACUGGUGCUAUUGUACUAUUAUUAUAUUCUACCAGUUAACAUCUAGCACUCCGCUAGUAGUACUAGCAGCGCGCAAAUGUCAACUAGUGCAGUUUUGCUCACUACUAAUAUGUAGUUGUCCUCGUCAUUUUUAAAGUAAUUUUACUAGUGCGCUGAAUUGUCUUACUAGUGAGGUCCAAGCACAUAAUAGUACAUGGACCUUAGGCUGGAUAUCAAGAAAUAAAUGCUUAAACAACUUUCCAUAUCUCACUGUUUCACUGCCGUUCUCAUCACUACGGUUACAUUGCACACACACGUACACACACACAAUAUAUGCACAUGAGUCAUACCAGUUUGCAUGCGCUUUUACUGAAAGGAACAAAGCUUUUUUUCAUGAUGGUGCCUUUGUUGAUUUUUCAACAGCAGACCAGAUCAAAUUCCAUGUUUUUUGCAAGCCAAUUUCCUCCAGCUGUUGUUGUAGUUAAAAAAGUUUCGGGAAAAGUGGAAGUUCUUGUGUGAAAUCGUGAUCGUUCGGUGUGUCAAUAGCAAGCUUGUGGCAGCCUUUACAGUCUCUGCUGUUGCUUCCCGACGUGCUGACAUUACUGUAUCCACUGGAUUACUAACCCAAAUGUGUAAAUUGUUGUUUUUAAAUUGAGUCAUCCGUUAUUUUUUUUUGUUUCUUUUUUGUAGGAGUCGUUCUAAACCAUGACAGAUUGUUAUUAAGACAGUGUCCAAAGGGAAUACAAGUCUCUAUUUCUCGAACAUUUUUUGGGGGGGUUCAUUCUUAUUUUUUUCCACAUGCUGCUGUACUGAGGUCACAACAAAAGGGGGCAGUCGAGACUAGUAAUUGUAUGCACAAUAGAAAUGUUAUGUGAAGCCAGUAUUAGGGAGAUAUGUAUUAUUAAUUUUUUUUUUUAAGUUUAAUGCACUUUGUUGUCGAACUCAAAUGUUUUAUCCUUCUGAUUUAUUUUCAAAGGUUUUUAACGUUUAAGUCUUUUAAAUAACACCAAACUAAUACACUAUUUAUUUCAGCUGUGAUUAUGUACAGUUAAGAUGUUUUGAAAUGCUAGUUGCUGAUGUAGUAACCCAGUCUAAUUAUUGUUUUCUAAAAAAAAAAGGGAUUUAAUUUAAUGCAAGCUAACAUUGCUUUUAUGUUCAAUAAAGUGUCUUUUAAUCAA